AUGUCCUGGCUUACUUCACGCGAUAUUUUGAGGCGCAUAGCCAAACCGACAUAUACCACAGACAUGGAAUUUGUUCAAGGCCUAACACUUGCUGAUCUUCUUUGGGCUGAUCCAGUUCUGGGGCAAAAAAAAUGGUUCGCACCAAGUCAUCGCAGAUGUGGAUACACGUUUAACCAAAAGGCGCUGAAAGCGGUACUACGAGCACUGAAAGUGAAGACGCUGAUCCGGGCCCACGAAUAUUACGCAAGUGGCUCGGUUCGUAACUUCGAUGACCAGUCGUGCUAUACGAGGUCCUCCGGGAUUGUUUGGGUAUACAUC